AUGAAUAUAAGUAUGCGUUCCAGUCAGUCCUCCUACGGGGACCCGCGGUAUCUCUCGACCAUGACCGCCUCCGAUGCUCCAGCUCCGGUGCCGCCGCAUGGAAAGACACUCGUGGACGGGUAUCGGGAUGCUCUGGACCCCCAACAUGAGGAGCGGUCACGAUAUAACCCACUCAAUUCGGCCCACCCGCGAAGCUCCGCCCUCCUGAACGCCAACGACCCCGUCGCCAUGUACCUGUUGACCGAGACCGCCAUAGGGGAUAGCACGAAUUACGAAGUGCUAUCCUUCGAGGAGGUGGAAGAGCUGAAGAAGGAAGUCACAUUACUGUCCACUCGCAUCCAGGGCACGAAACGGAAACUAGCGCUCGAGACGAAACUGCGUGAUGCGGCGCAGUCUCUCGGUAGGCUCUACAGCCCGCCCAGCCCGCGGAGCAGCGGCGAAUACAAUUCCAAUGGUUCAAACCCGCGCCGGAUGAGCCGGGGCAUAUUUGGUCGCAGUGGGGCUUCUGAGGCCCUUGACAAGAGCGACUCCGAACUCGCGGUCAGCCAGCGGCGAUGUGAAGAGUUGGCGCAGGAACUCUGGAAGCUGGAGAAGAGGUCUCAGAAGAUCAGCCAGCGCUUGCUGGAGCACACUGCGGGUGUCUUGCAGAUGACACACAAGGGUCUGAAGAAGGGUCCUAAGAACCCUGCUCCGCGCGCUUCGGAUAGCACCUAUGAUGAGCACAAAUUCGACGAUCGCAGUCUUUACCGGGCGGCCGAGCAAUUGGAUAACUUUGGCGUGCACGGGAAGGGUGAGACCAACGCGGCCGCCGCAAUGAAUACCGAGGCCAUGCAAGCUACAGAACGACGAUUGGAGGAACUUAGCGAGCGCAUGCAUGACAUGAUGAUACAGUCCAACCCCGGUGAAUUCAUCGAUCCUCCCCCACAGCUGUCAGGAGGCGGAGGGCCUGUCAAUCCCACAGCAACGGUCGAAGCUCACCUGGCCUAUAUCAAGAAUGGCAUGAAUAAUAUCGUCUUGCAUACGGGAGACGUUCCUACCCCCUUGGUUUCUCGCGAUGUUGUACCUGAAGCUGAGGGCGCCUGGAAACACCAACUCACCAAAAUCAACAAUCAAGUGCAAACCAUCGUUGAUCGGUUUGGUUUGACCCGUUCGCCAACCUUGCCUCCGCCCCCUGAUGCAUCUCACGGCGAAGGGCUGGAAGAACAACUCUCAUACCUACAGGUUGGUCUAGAUGGCCUGGAGAGUCGAGUGGAUGGAGUACUAGAGCAGAAGAGUAUCCUUACCACACAAAUCCAGCAGCAACGCGAGCUCAACUCCAAGUCAGACGCCGAACGAGAUGCUCAUAUCGGCGACCUAACAGAACAGUUGACCCACGUUCGCAGAGAUCUUGAAGUAUCUGAGCGUGUAGGGAACGCUAACCGCGAUGAGCUGGCUCUUGUCAUGGGACAGCUCAACGCAAUGCGCCACAGUGGCUCUGCUCAGGAAGAAGCCAAGGCGACUCUGGUUCAGGCCGAGGGCGAAGUCGCACGUUUGCAAAGCGUUGUUACUUCGCUGCAUAGCGAAGCUGAUGUCAAGACCAAGGAAGUCAGAGAAGCCCGAGAUGCUCAGGAUCAAGCAGAGGCCGAGGUUAAGCGCCUGCAACACUACAUCGACGAUUUGCAAAGAGACAAUGAUGACAGAGCCGAGGAAAUCAGUGAUGCCCGCGACCGCGCAGAAGGUGAGGCCAAGCGGCUACAGGUCGUCAUUGCAUCAUUGCAAAAUGAUGCUGAAGCUAGGAGCGAAGAGGCCAGAGAGGCGCGUGACGAUGCGGAAGAUGAAGUGAAGCGUCUACAAGUGGUUAUUACAUCUUUGCAACAUGAUACCGACGCUAAGAUCGAAGAGGUCAGAGAGGCUCGCGAACAUGCGGAAGACGAAGUGAAGCGUCUGCAGGCAGUCAUUGCAUCUCUGCAGAAUGAUAUCGACGCUAAGAGCGAAGAGUCUCGCGGCCAUGCGGAAGACGAAGUGAAGCGUCUACAGGUGGUCAUUGCAUCUCUGCAGAAUGAUACCGACGCUGAGCUCGAAAAAGCCAGAGAGGCUCUCGGCCAAGCAGAGGACGAAGUGAAGCGUCUGCAGGCAGUCAUUGCAUCUCUGCAAAAUGAUACCGACGCUGAGAUCGAAGAGGCCAGACAGGCUCGCGACCUUGCGGAAGACGAAGUCAAGCGUCUACAGGUCGCCAUUGAAUCUUUGCAAAAUGACACCGCCGUCAAGAGCAAAGAGGCCAUGGAAGCCCGUGACCGCGCGGAAGAUGAAGUUAAGCGUCUAAAUAUCGUCGUUGUGACUUUGCAAAACGACACCGAUUCUAGAUGCGAGGAUAUCAAGGAAGCCCGGGACCGUGCGGAGAACGAGGUUCAACGCCUACAGAGCGUCGUCGAAACACUCCAGAACGAUAGCGAUUCCAGAUCUGAGGAAGUUAGGGGUGCUCGUGACCGUGCAGAGCAAGAGGUGGCUCAGCUCGAAGCCGCAAUCCAGCAGAUCCGGAUUCAAUCUGAUGCUCGUAUCAAGGAAGCAGAUGAUCAGCGCGCGCAGUCCGAUCACAAUACCACCCGCCUGCAGAAUGAGAUCACUGAUCUCGAAGGCGAGAUUGUACGGGUCACAACUGAACUGACAAUGGUCAAGGCAGAGCUGGACGGUGCUUAUGGUACCCGAGCUGAACGCGCGGCAGAGGUGUCUUCCAACCCUAGUAUCCAAAGGGAGAACGAUGCUCUGGUUACCCGAAACAUCGAGCUCACCGAGGAACUUGCCGUCCUGAAGAGCCAGCGAGGCGGUGGUGAUCUUCAGCAGCGGGCAGAUACUCUUGAAAGAGAGCUUCGUGAGACUAUCGAUGACUACGAAGCCAUGACGAAAGCUAGCAUCGAGUUUGAGAAGGAACGCGAACGCUUCGAAAGUUUCAUUGACAGUCUUCGGGAUCGUUGCGAGCAACUCGAGACACAACUGGCAGAAGAACGUAUUAGCUGGAUGAACUUGAGUAGUCCCACAUCCGUGGGCCGCGAUGGCACUUCCGAGACGACCUCUACUAUGGUGCUCAAGAAUGAGUUCAAGAAGAUGAUGCGUGACACGCGCAACGAGAAUAUGAAGAUACUGAGGGCCGAACAAGAAGAGCGUCGCAGAAUUGAAGGGUUACUGCGAGCCCUAAGAAAGGAGCACGCCCAAGUGACUGGCAGGCCAAUGCCCAGCCCAGGUGGCACUCCAUUAUGAUCAUGACAUUCAACGUUUUCGGGAUUUGAGCGCAUAUUC